GGUGUUAUGAGUCAUUAAACUACGUAUAGACUCAGAUUUUAUUAAGCGUGUCAUAUCUUGAAUAUAUCUUUACGAUUUAAUAAAUAGACGCUGUGUAACAUUAAUCUUAAAAUUUGUAAUAAAUAAAUAAUUUCUUUUGAAAGAUACUUGGAUUUAUAUAGUUUCAAUAAUGACAUCAGCAAUAGAAUCCAUGGUAGUAGAUGAGAAACAGUUACCGGAAAAACCUAUUGAUAGAGAAAAGACAUGUCCACUUUUACUUCGAGUAUUUUGUAACACUGGAAGACAUCACAACAUAAUGGAAUAUAGUAGAGGAAAUGUUCCCUCAAACGAACUACAAAUAUAUACAUGGAUGGAUGCAACAUUAAGAGAAAUAACCGGAUUAGUUAAAGAAGUAAAUCCAGAUGCUCGAAGUAAAGGUGUGACAUGCUCAGGACAAAAAGGUGCAGAUGAUAAUAAAACACUUGCACAAGCAAGGUUUACAAUUGGUGAUUACUUAGAUAUAUCUAUCACACCUCCAAAUCGACAACCAGCAAUUAGACGUGGUGCACUACGUCAAUACUAAUAUAAGUGACAAAAAUAUUAUUCUUUGUAUAAAAACAUUAUAAGUGUUCAUAUAAAUAACAAAUGGAUUAAUUCUGAGUUAAAGAAAUACAAUAUUUAUACAUGUGAAAAUAAAAGAAAAUUAUAUAGAAAUGGCAAAAAUAAAUUUUUAUAUGAAAAAUCUAUUUAAAUACAUGUACACUUUUAUUGACU